CUCAAUUAGUCUCUACGAUAACACAGUUUCUACAAGAUGAGUGCCGCAGGGCUAUGGAGAGAGGCGAAGGCGCCAGAUGGUCGCACAUACUACUACAAUGUGCAAACUAAUGCGACCACGUGGGAGAAGCCGGCCGAAAUGGGCCAAGUUAUCCCUACGCCUGCGAGUGCAUGGAGAGUUCAUACUGCGCCUGAUGGACGCAAAUAUUAUGAAGACACAAUCAAUAAGAAGACUCAGUGGGAAAUGCCGGAAGUGCUCAAGCAAGCUGGCACCCAGCCGCAUGCGCAGACUUCUCGUGCUCAAGCUCCUACUUUCAUCGCUGGUGCCGCUACUACAAAGAAUGAAUCUAACGAGUACAGACAGCCUGAACGGAGCAUGACUGAACGUGUGGCAGGUUUUGGGACCGCUGCGGCAGGUAAGGAGGAGCAAUAUGCAACUCUGCAAGAAGCAGAAUCCGUAUUUUUCAAGCUUCUCAAACGUAUCGGAGUCGAGUCGCAUUGGUCAUGGGAGCAGGCCGUUAAAGCCGCAGUAAGAGAUCCAGCAUACCGAGCCAUUCAAGAUGCCAAGGAUCGUAAAGCUGCGUUUGACAAGUAUAUUGCGCAAGCACGUGCCGAAGAACAGGAGCGCGAGAAAGAGAGACAAGCGAAACUACGCGAAGAGUUCCUCGAGAUGCUGAAAUCACAUCCCGAGAUUACUUACUACACUCGAUGGUCUACGGCUCGUCCCAUGAUCGAAGAAGAGAUGGUUUUCAAAGCUGCAAAACAUGAAGACGAGCGUAUACAGCUGUUCAACGAGUUUAGAGCUGAAGCGUACAAGGAACACAUGGAGAAGGAGACAGCCAGCCGCAAGGCCGCUCUCAACAAGCUGAGUGAAUUGCUGCCAAAACUGAACAUCACACCACUUACUCGUUGGUCUGAAGCACAAGGUCUUAUUACAUCAAGUGAAGCUUUUGAGAAUGACGAGCAACUUCGCGGACUUCCCAAGCUCGAACUGAUCAAGGCUUUUGAGUCCUUCCAAAAGGAGGCUGAGCGCGCUCUACACGAGCAGCGACAGGAGGAGAGAUUUGCAAAGGCGCGCCGUGAGCGUCAAAAUCGAGAUGCCUACAACGGUCUUCUUCGUGAGCUCCGAAAUGCCGGCAAGAUCAAAGCUAACACAAAGUGGUCCGACAUCCAACCCUUGAUUGAGGACGAUCCUCGCUAUGAUGCUAUGCUCGGCCAGAGUGGUUCUACUCCUCUAGAAUUGUUUUGGGAUGUUGUGGAGGAAGAAGACCGUGAAUUACGUGCUAAGCGCAAUGUUGUCUAUGACGUGCUCGAGGCUGAACGAUAUGAAAUGACCACCAAGACCUCUUUCGAUGAAUUCAGGUCCGUAAUGCAAGCUGAUUCAACUACAGCGUCCUAUGAUAAGGACACCCUUCGUAUGAUUUAUGAUCGCUUGAUUGCCAAAGUGCAGGAGCGGGAGGAGAAAGAGCGUCACAAGAAUGAGCGUCAUUACCGUCGCGAGAUGGAUGAUCUACGCUCGCGUUUAAAGCGACUUGAUCCACCUGUGCGUGUCGACGACUCUUGGGAGCAGGUACGUCCGCGACUUGAGAAAUAUGACGAGUAUAAGGCUCUAGACUCAGACGACUUGCGCCGCUCUGCAUUUGACAAGUUCAUUCGCCGCUUGAAGGAACGGGAGGAAGAUGACAAGAGGGAGAGGGAAAGGGAUCAUCGAAAUGGCCACUCAAAGCGUCAUCGUACAGCCACGCCAGAAGUAGAUGCUUACGAGGCGGAGCGGCGCAAAGCGCAGGCACUCCGUGAGCGUAGUUACAACAAGCGAACUAUCCCCGGUGUUUCACCCCCUCCUCGAAGCAGAGACUGGGACGGUGAUCGCUACGACGGACGUGAAGGGCGCGAGAGCCGCAAGGUAAGUGGCAACCACUACGAGCGUGACAGGCGCGAUCGCGAAGCCGAACGAGAACGCUUGUAUCUCAGCCGUGCGGAUCCGAAAGACCGAACCGCAGUGCUCGACUACGACCUCGAUGAGCGUCCGAGCAGCGGCUCGCGGCGCAGAAGGGACAGCGAUCAGGACAGCACGCGUAGCAGUAAGCGCCUCAAGCGGUACGAUCGCGAUACGCUCAGCCCACGCGAGUCGCGUGACUCGAGGAGGUCAAGGACGCCUGUUAAGGCGCCAGAGCCGGAUGCGGGGUACCACUCGGGCAGCGAGGAGGGCGAAAUAGAAGAAGACUAGACGUGGUGCGUGACGCACAAGGACAUUUCAGACAGAAUCGAGAGGAGAUUUUGACCGCACUAUGUACGCCCCUUGCCUUGAUUCGAGGACAUUAUGGCUAAUAGACUCUUUUAACUCCUUUUUUUAUCCGAUGAAUGACUGGCAAAGGCAAGCAGCGGCAAGGGAAAAAGUGAAGGCGUGGUGCUUGCCCUCCCAUCUGGUUUAUCUUGCGGUAUGUAGCUUUCCAUUCUUCUUAGCAUGCAGAAAAGUUUGAAUUCGUUUGUUCGUGCUGCCUGAGUUUGAAUUUCGCGUGC